UUUUUUCUUUGAGAUUUAUUGAAAAGUUGAUGUUAUGCUAUAGUCCAAUUGUUUCUCACCGCUUGGUGUUUUAGGGUCAAGUAACUGAAGUCAACCUGAAGGAAGUUUCCAGAGCAGCUUACUAUUGUUUAUAUCUAGUAAACUGAGAUGAUUUGAGGGUUUGAUAUUAUUGGAAGCAGCAUGGAAAUGUGAAAUUAAGUCACUAAACUGUGGGAUUGUGUGUUGGAGGAGCUCUGCUGGAGUUCCCUGGUGCGCUCUGACCGCAGAGGAAGCGCCUCUGGCCGGCCGGUGACUCAUCCAGCUGCCCCGCAAGCAUGCAAAGCUGAAUGUAUUUGUCUUUCUUGAGCAAUAGUCGGGGUGUGGCUUACAGGGACGUCCCUAAAACAGUAUAAAAGCUGGAGUCUGACUCCACUUAAGGCAUUUCUGACUUACUGAUAACUAAGAGCAAACCCGAGAGAGAACUCCGAGAAAAUGUACUCUCGCUCCGACAGCAUGACCGUGACAUUACCGCAGGAAAGGUUCGCCUUCCGCAGCACGGAGCCGGAGGUCUUCACCUUCGAGCGCAUCGCGCCUCAAGCCACCGCCGUCAGCUCCGUCGUGCCGGUCCGGCCGAGGAAGCGCUGCAUUCGGGUCAUGUACCCCGCUAAAGUCCGCAUGCACCUUCCUCCACCCGAGAAGAGCCAGGCGAAGCGCUGGCUGGUCAUCCUGUGCCUGGUGGUGCUGUGGCAGAUCUACACCGAGGAGCCCUGCAUGGACGCGCCGCUCGCCAGCGCAGAGAGCUCCGUCAGCGACUACCAGAGCUUCCCCUUCCAGUCUGCGGGGGAUCCGACCGCUCAGCUCCCGGACUUACGCGCCUCCGCGCCGAGCAGCUGCGAGGAAACCGCGUCUCCCGAGCAGAUCCUCCCGAGCGCGGCGUGCCUGAAGCCGACGCAGGAGACGGACGCAUUCGAGCAGAGCGCAGGGAAGAGCUACGUGGUGGCCCUGCUGGUCUAUCACCGGCUGGGCAACGACAACUAAUGCUUCCACCAAGCGCCCAAAGACUGUUCCCCCAGGGAUCAAACGGAACCGAGCUGCAGUCGAGCCUGAGACGCUCCGGAGAGCAGCGGUGCGCCGUGCGCGGCGCGGCCGGGGAGGGAGCGCUAGGCGCCGGCAUCUCACCGCCUCAUCAGCGGAGGAGAAGUGACAGUCUGAGAAAAUGAGAUGAAUCAAAAGAAACUGUGAACACUAAAGACUGAAACUUGACAAACCUAAAACACUUGAGAGACUUGAAACGCACUUGUGGAACUUUUAUCUAACAAACUGUAUUAUUAUUAUUAAUAGAAAACUCUACAAAUGUCACGUAUGUAGGCAAUCAAGCCUGAACCGACACUGUUUUUUUUUCCAAUGCCUUGUUAUUUAUUUUAUUUGCUAUUUAUUGAACAAUUUCAGUAAUAAAACAAUCUCAAAAAAG